GAGGUAAGAUUCGAGAACAACGUCAUUAUUAUUAAUAUUUUAUUAUUUAUUUAUUAUUAUUAAUAGGCAAAAGUAGCUGAAAGCAAAACGCCUAAAUAUGAACAGAUACUUGUAAAUUAUCAUCAAAUUGACCUUCAUUGUUUGCUUGGUUGAGCUACAAAUUCGCGAUAUUCUUCUUUUAGGAAUUGCUGUGGUUGUUAUUGAUUGAGGUGUUAUUGGUGAGGAAGAAGGGUUGUAAAUGGGUGAGCAUUUGGUAGUGAAUGUGGACCAGCUGGCAAAGGCUGAGGGAGUUGGGCCUAGCCAACCAGUUCCUCAGGCUAUGGGAUGUGGGCCCUCGGGAAAGAAUCCCGAAUUAGUUGCUUCGUCGUCAGCACCGCCGAAAGAUGAUAAGGCGGCGGUGGCGGAUGAUGAUGAUGACGUGGAUGAGGAGGCACCUCUGAUAGGUAUGGGGGAGUGCCGAAUUUGUCAAGAGGAGGAUUCUUUCAACAAUUUGGAGAGCCCUUGUGCUUGCAGUGGGAGUCUUAAGUAUGCUCACCGAAAAUGUGUUCAGCACUGGUGCAAUGAGAAGGGGGAUACUACUUGUGAGAUCUGCCAUCGGCAAUAUCAAUCAGGCUAUACUGCGCCUCCACGACCUCCAUCCGACGAGACCACCAUUGACAUUGGGGGAGUAUGGCAAAUUUCAGGCAACCCACUCGAUAUGCACGAUCCUAGGCUUGUAGCACUUGCUGAGGCUGAACGCCAGUUGUUCGAAGCUGACUAUGAUGAUUAUAACGGUACAAAUAGCAGCGGCACUGCCUUUUGCCGUUCAGCUGCUCUAAUUUUGAUGGCUCUUUUGCUACUGAGACAUGCUCUGUCCAUCACUGGUGAUGGAGAUGGAGACGGAGAUGAAGAUGCUUCCACUUUCUUCUCCCUAUUCUUGCUUCGAGCUGUUGGCUUUCUUUUGCCAUGCUAUAUAAUGAUCUGGGCCAUCAGUAUCUUGCAACAACGUAGGCAAAGACAGGAGGCAGCAGCACUAGCAGCAACUCGAUUUGCGAUAGUGGUACAAGCGGCACAAAGAAGAGGACUCAUCGUAGCUUCAUCUGCACCUGCAGCCACUCCUCAACCCGAACAUGUUUGAUAUUUUUUUUAUUUAAUAAUAAUAAUAAUAGUUUCUGCAUUGGCCAUAUCUUGUGCCUGGUGCAUUGCAUUGCACCACUAUUUUAAUGUUAUUACAGUUGAGUUUUCCGUUUGAUUUCGUUGUUAAAUGUGUAUAUGAAUGUUUGUCCGGUGACAUCUUUCAACGGCCGAAACUGUACUCUAGUUUUAUGUAUUUGUAAUUUAUGUAUAACCACCAUAUAUUACUAGUUGUCGGUUCGCUU